AUGGCGGCCCUUCCCUACUCGUCGCCGGAAUUCUCUGGCUCUAUGUCGCGCCGCGCGCCGGAUGCGUCUCCGCUGCCGCCGUUUCUGCCCCCGGACGUCGCCGCAGCUCAGUUGGGAUGCUGUUCGCUGCUUCUGCUCAACCUUCCCUCUGCGCCGGAGGCCUUGGUGCACGUGGGUUUUGACUGCGCGCUCUGGAAGGUGGGCGCAAACUUCUCGGGGGUGAAGUGCAUUCAGCCCGGCUGCCACGUGCUCUACUCGCUGCUCGAGUAUGCCGGAGAGGCGCUUCAAGCCUCCCCGUCCCUCUCCGCCUCCGCCUCCGCUGCGGACGCCGCGCCGGGCGACAGCUCGGCGUUCGAGUGUAUGUACAGCUCCAUGCGCGUGGAGGAGGCGAUUGGGGGCUGCAAGGAGGGCGUGGGCGAGGUGCAGAGUGAGUUCCUUUUCUUCGCGCCCAACUCGGUGUGCGUGCGCCGCUGGAAUCCGAAGCGUUCGCGCUUCGAGCGCCUCAAAGACGCAGAUGAAGAAGAGCGCUUCGUGCGCGCGGUUCGCCGCCUCGAACUCGACAAGAAACUCGGCGUCUAUCCGCAGCAGUACGUGCACUUGUGGUCUGUGCUCACAGACUACGUCUCGCAAUCGUGCCUCGAGCGCGUCGAGCCCGUUCAGAGCCUCUUUGCCUCGCUCCCGCUCGAGCUGACGCAGGAGGAGGAGGCGCUCCUUGUCGGCGCGGCCUCCGCAAAGACCAGAGCCAAGAGACAGGGCGGAAAGGACCCGAAGAAAAGCGUAACCUGGAGCGGCGAAAACGACGAAAAACGCGAAGAUGCAACCGACGUGGCCACGAGGGAAGGAGGCGGAAAAGCGGAGGAGGAGGAAGAAGUGGAACUGGAUUUCUCGCGAACGCCCGUCGCGAGGUUCUACUUCUCCGAAGUCCCCUCGCUUCGUGCGACCGCGGUCGCCGCCGCCCGCCGCGCCGAGACAGAGGCGAAGCGCCGCGGCGCAACCGCGGUCGCGGCGAAGGCCCUUGGAGCCCAAGCGCUGACGCGGGAGGCGGUCGACCGGAGUUUAGGGCUCCUCAUGCUGCUGCAAGACCUCCAGAAGCUCCUCGCCGAGCGCGAAGGAGCUGUGAAGAGGCAGGCUGGCGGAAAAAAGAAAGACGCGGCCGCCGCAGACAAGAGCAGCGAGAAGGGUCUCCACGCGACUUCCGCAGAGGAGAGCGGCGCGCACCGGGAGCAAGGGCGAGUGAGAGAAGAAACAGGCGAGGCGCCGAAAGAAGAGCAGGCGCGGGGCGAAUGGACGCAGAAAGAAGAAGAAGAGAGAGAAAAAGAAGAAUGGAAGCGCAUCGAACGAAGCACGUGGCUCAAUCUGCUGGGAGAGAUUCAACUCGCCUACCUCGCCUUCCUCCUGGGUCACCGAUUCGACGGCUUUGAUCAAUGGAAGCAGCUUGUCAUCCUCCUCUCUCAAUCCGAACGCGCUGUGCGCUUUCUCCCAGAUUUCUACGCCGCUUUCUUGCGCCUCUUUUACUGUCAACUUGAGCAGUGCCCAGACGAUCUCCUUCAAGACUCCCUUCUUCAGCGCUCCUUUCUAGUGUCUGCGGCCAUGUCUCUUGUGCGCAACUGCUCCAACCUCCUCCCGUCUGCGUCCUCCGCUGCGGCGUUGCCGUCCGCGAGUGAAGCGGAGGGCGGGCUGCGUGCUGAGGGGCGCGGCGAAGAGGAGGAAGAAGAAGAAAGCGAGCGCGAAGCUCUGCGCAGCGUGCAGGCCUGCGCGCACGGACUCGAGGGCCUCCUGCGUGAGACGUUUCAGGUCGGCGGAGAGGCAGAGCUCAGCGCGAUUAAAAUGGAAAAACGCGGAGAAGAGGACUUCCUCUUUCUCGAUGAGGACGAAGACGGCCCUGUGAUUGUCGAUGAGGCGGAGCUUCGGAGAGCUGGCUGCCUUCCCGAGGAUGACUAA